ACCAUUGUCGAGGGUGUCACGAACUGACAAAGGAGUAUCUGCUCGUAUCAAUGGAAUAAAUAUAAGAUUAAAUAUAAAAUAUGAGAAUGUUUCUAUUUUAGAUAUAGAAAAAAAAUAUGUUAAAGAAUUAAACAAGAAGCUUAAGAAUAUACACAUACAUGAUAUAAAGCAUGUCUCAAAUACAUUUGAUGCCCGAUUAAAUUGUAUCCAUAGGACUUAUGUUUAUUUUUUUAUAAAUAAAAAUUAUAACAUAGAAAAGAUGAAGAAGGCAGCAAAAUUAUUUAUAGGUGAACAUGAUUUUUCCAACUGUUGCAAGAAAGGAAAAAAUGUAACAUCUUAUAGACGAACUGUAUUAAAAUUUGAUAUCCGAAAUAUAAAUAAACAUUUUUAUUAUUUUAAAAUUAAGGGUAUUUCUUUUUUAUAUAACCAAAUUAGACAUAUGGUUGCAAUAUUAUUUUUAGUAGGAAAAGGACUAUUGGAUGAUAAUGACGUGAUUGAUAUAUUGAAUAAUACAUCUACUAAAAGAAAAAAUUAUCAUAUUGCUGAUGAAAAUGGUUUGCUAUUAUAUUCCUUCAAAUUUAAUGAUUACAAAUAUAAUAAUCAUGUUGACAAUAAAAUUUUUUUAAAUGUCAUGAACAAAUAUAUUCAGAGCACUAUGUUAUUAGUUUCGCUUUGCCAUCCUUUAAAAUUGGAAAAUAAAAAUGAAGACUUCUUCGAAAAUUUAGAUCAUGACCAAAUGAACAAUGAUGUUAUUUUAUAA